AGCUGGCAGACGGAGCGGCGCCUCCUCUCUCGGCCGGGCCGGGCUGGGCUGGGCUGGGCUGGGCUGGGGCAGCGAUGCUGCGCCGGCUGCUGUCCCGCUGGAAGCGCUACAAGUACCGGCUGGUGCCCUGGAUCGCGCUGAACGUGGGCAAAAACCCCAGGACAAUUCGAUUUGUUCCAGAAACUUCCUUGGAUAAAGUUAUUUCUGACUGUGCGAUUGAGGCCUCGUUACUGAAGUUAUUUCGUGCUUUGUUCAGGAGAGAUUUGAGCAAUCAAGCUGAGUUUCUUAAUAUGCUGCCGGAAAGUAUUCAAUCAAAAUACAAAAAUAUAUUAACUCAUUUUCACAAAGAAACAGAAGGAAAUGGAAUGGAUUUUAACCCUGAUGGGGCAAUGCUUGAAACAUUUGGAUUCAUUAUAAGACGGGCAAUUAGUUCACUUUCAUUUGCUGGAAGAGGGGUGUUUGUCACAACCGGAAGGGUGCCAAAAGGAACAGUAGUCUGCAUGUAUCCUGGUACUGUCUAUCAGCAAUAUGAACCGAUCCUUUUCCAGUCUAUAUGCAACCCAUUCAUUUUCCGGUGUGUAGAUGGCGUGUUAAUUGAUGGAAAUGACAAAGGGAUCUCUAAAGUUAUUUACAGAUCUUGCAGUGGACGGGAUAGACUUGGUCCUUAUAAAACAAGUGAUGUCACUUGGCUGACAGAAACCCCGGCCAAUCCAUUAGCUCUGGGUCAGUACGUCAACAACUGUUCCAAUGAAAAAGAAGCCAAUGUAUGCUAUCAGGAAUUUGAUGUUCCCACGACAUUUCCUGUAGAGUUCCGACAGUACUUUCCUAACGUAAACUACAGACAUGAUGUGGAAAGGUUUUUGCGAUGUGUGGUUCUUGUGACGCUUCGAGAUAUAGAGAUGGGAGAAGAACUGUUCUCAAAUUACUACACGAUUAUAAAAUAAAAACAGGACACACUGUGUUCGGUGUUUCAACCCA